GCCAUUGACGGUAAAUCAAAGAUAAUGGCACGAGACUGUUCCGCAGCUCGCGGUCAUGAGAAGAGCAUCCGAGGACUGAAGCGUCACAUCCUCUGUGUGCCAAGCAUCAUCUGCGAGGCGGUGUGUCUGUGAAUGUGUGCGGCAGAUCAUCACUCAUGGUGCUCUUCGUGUAAAUACUGACGCUCAUUCGGGCGUCCAUCAUUCAGCAGCGAGUGAAAGCGGAACGGGAGAAGCGCGCGUUUGCGUAACUACACCAGACGAUCAAAGCCAAGCAUAGGCUAUAUUAUUAAAACAUGUAGCGAGCACGCAUUAGUGACGUCGCCGCAGCAUAUCGCCUUACGUCACAUGCUGGUAAAUCCGCCGCGUUUCGUCGUGCGCCGAUUGGAUUGCAGGUUUGCUAAUAAAGCAGGACGCGUUCGGCGCGCGCUUGUGGAAUGACACCGUCGCGCGACAUCCAUCCGCGCAGCAGCUGACGUUUGACGAACACCGAGCGGCUUGAUUUCACCGCUGUGAAGGAUGAAAACCCGCGAAUAUCAGCAAAUAGACCCUCAGGCACUCGCGACUCCCACCCCGACACCUCCACCGCGACCUCUGCCCGAGCACAAGUCCCGACGAGCCCGGAGGAACUGGGAGGUGUUUCCCGGGAAGAACCGCUUCUUCUGUGACGGGCGCAUCGUCGUGGCGCGUCAGAGCGGCGUGCUGCCGCUCACACUGGGACUCAUCCUGAUCACCAGCGGACUCUUCUUCAUAUUCGACUGUCCGUUCCUGGUGAAGCACCUCACCAGCUGCAUCCCGGCCAUCGGAGGGGUCCUGUUUGUGUUUGUGAUCAUCUCUCUCCUCCAGACCAGCUUCACGGAUCCAGGGAUUCUGCCCCGGGCCACACCAGAGGAGGCCGCAGACAUCGAGAAACAGAUCGACAACCCGACGGGCUCGUCCUCGUCCUACCGCCCCCCGCCGCGCACGAAGGAGGUGGUCAUCAAUCAGCAGGUGGUUAAACUCAAGUACUGCUUCACCUGCAAGAUCUUCCGUCCGCCGCGCACCUCCCACUGCAGCCUGUGUGACAACUGUGUGGAGCGCUUCGAUCAUCACUGCCCCUGGGUCGGCAACUGUGUUGGCAAACGAAACUACCGCUUCUUCUACACCUUCAUCGUCUCGCUGUCUUUCCUCACGGCCUUCAUCUUCGGCUGUGUAACCACACACCUGGCUCUAAGGUCGCAAGGAGGAAAGGGGAUUGUUUUCGCUCUCCAAGCGAGUCCUGCCAGUGCUCUUGAGUUAGUGGUCUGCUUCUUUUCAGUUUGGUCCAUUUUGGGCCUCUCAGGCUUCCAUACUUACCUGGUGGCUUCAAAUCUUACUACCAAUGAGGAUAUUAAAGGCUCCUGGUCAGGGAAAAGUGGAAAUGAGGUCGUUGGAAAUCCUUACAGUUACAACAGCAUUAUCAAAAACUGCUGUUCUGUGCUCUGUGGCCCCAUGCCGCCCAGUUUGAUUGACAGGCGAGGCUUUGUGCCCUCUGAUGACUCAGUCCAGACCAGUCCUGUGGAAAUCGAGCUCCCUGCUGCUAAAAACGACAUAAACAUGUGCACACAGGGACCCAAAGGUCUGCUGGAAACGGCCUCUCGAUCUCCUCUCCUCACAAGCUCCUGUCCGCAGGCCAAACCUCCAGCCGUCUUGGAGACUCUUCCAGAGAUCGUCCCGUCUCCUGUCCCAGAGCCGCCCAAGAGCACCCCUCACAAACAUCACUCCCACCACAGAUCCAGGGCAAAGCAAAGCACUCAUCACACCCCCAAGACGUCCAACUCCUCUCCAAGACCCCAUCACAGCCACAGUUCAAGAGCGAGAGACUCCAAGAACAGAGACCCAAAAUUCAGCUCUCUGCGCUGAGCAAUCAGACUCGGUCAUCCUGCAUAUUAAUGCGUUUCCUGGAUUAUUUCAAUUUGUCCUCAUCAGAUUGAUUCAAGGGGUUUCAGUUGUGACUUUGAAAACUUUGUAAAGUGUUUCAAUAAAGACGAGCACAAAGGUCUCAAAAGUGAACUGCGGAGCAAUUGCCUUUAAGAAAGUUGUCAAUCUUAACAGUGGGAUCCAAAAUGAGCUUCAUCAGAACAGCAAUAAAGGAGCAAGAACACUGUGGUCCUCGGCGUGGACAUGAACUCUGGGAUCCAUCUCUCUGGCCUCUGUUAGGUCUCAUUGGGAAUGCAUUGGUCAAGCUUCAAUAAGCAAACAACCAAUCUUCUUUAUGCAAAAAACAAGAGCAUGCCUGGAGAAAAUAGCUCACAAUCAUUCUUCAUCAUCACAGGGCUGCAUGCUGAAUCCUGUUUUAAUUGUGAUCUGAUUUUUUCAACCGUUUAAGCAAUAUCAUGCAGCCCUGAUCCAUCAUGUUGAACGAGAAUCUUCUCACCAGUGAUUCAUUAUUUUCCCACAGGACUUCAGCAUGGUUUUGUAAAAUUGUGUUUGAACAUGGUAUUAAGUGUGCACAAGUACUCGCUGAUGUGGAUGAGACGAUGCCUCCCACUCCCAGCGUUGAAGAUCUAGUUGAAAAGUGUUUCUCUCUGUUCUUCACCUUGCAUUCCUGACACACUGCAGUCUAUCAGUAAUUAGUAAUGAAACGGUUUUAAUGCACUUACUCUCAAUGCAGCAAUACUGUAAUGUUUUAGUUCUUCACGGUUUGACUCGUGUGCGGCUGUAUGCGUGGACACUUUGUGUUCGAAUGGGAAUGUGGGUGUUGUGUUGUUAUCCAGGUUUUUUACUUCAUAUGCAAACUGGUAUUUAUGAAUGCUGAAACUGAUCCUCUGUUUCUCAAGACCUCUGCAACAUUUGCACAAAUAAAUACAAAGAACUAACAGGAGUUUGUCAUACAUUCUGCUUCCUCAUAAACGUCAGCUGUGGAGUUUGCAUUAUUUUCAGUGUACAAUGAACCGUUUGCACAGCACAUACGUUUUCUGUUGUGCUUCUGGGUGCCAGAAUAUUUAUUUUAUUCCCACGUGAGAGAAAAUAUUACUUCGCCAUUUAGAUAUUUAUGAUUUAUGGUUUUAAAAGUGUACUAGAUCUGUGAUCGGAACAGAAUACUUGCUUGCUGCAUACUAACCCCUGUGAAAAAGAAGUGCACUUAAGCAUACUUUUAAAAAGAGUACAAAACAAAUGUGUUUGGUGUUUUUGCACAAUAAAAUCUUUACUGUUUAAA